GCUAGUCAAUCCAUGCUCAUCGUCUUCUUCUCGUUCGACUUUCUUUCUCAUCUUUAUAAAUCGUUAAUUGCAAUUUUCUUGAUUCCGCCUAUAACAGAUUUUGCUUGUUGGAGACUGGGUUAGAUUUCUUUCUUUCCUCUGGCUUCUGGGUUCUCGAAAGAGUUCGUUUGAAUGAUUGUUCGACAGGGUUUCAUGCUUUUUCGAAAAAGAAAAAUUAUCAGCGCCUGAUUACGCCGCUGCCAUGGCGUGGCGGAGAUGGGGGUUAUCUCUUACUUGUUUUUCCUCUGCAUCUUGCGAUACAGCUCGUAUAAUCAUCCGUGUUGUGUUGCAAGAUGCAGGGAAAUGCAAGUUAGAAACGCAUACGCAUCCCAGAAGUUAAAAGUAUGGCUUCCACAACCUCCAGAGUUUCAGAGUUUUGGAUGGCCUGUACUCUGUAGGAACUUCCAAGCAUUGUCAAAUGCAGAGGAUGGAUGUUAAUCUUUUGGCUACCUUGUGCAGUUGAUCUGUACUCUCUGGAAACUUCAACAAAGGUUGGAUGUUAGUCUUUGUUAGUCUUUUGGCUACCUUGUGCAGUCUCUCUGCCCGCUGUUUUAUUGCUUCUACACCUGUUCCACUCUUGGCUGCCAUUUGAAGGAGUCCAGGAAACAGGAAUAAGGUCCUAAGCUAACAGUUUCCAGAGGUUGUGCCUCGGCCCGUCACUUACCUUUUGCAGACUCUAUUAUCAGUUAGCUAGUUUUCCAUAUUUUUGCUGGUAUUUAAACUUUAUGCAUUUUUAUUUCGUGUUCUCUGUUAAGUUUGUUUACAUAUAUACGGAUGAAUAUUUAU